AUGCCUGUUUUUUCCGCAUCAGCAAGCCCCAUCAACGGUAACAUUAACGGUUUGCCGGACAAAUAUAUGUGCGUUGAUGGUGUUUGCCGGGAUCCAUCUCACAAGCACUACGCGGAAUCACAAAAAAAUUAUCAAGAGCAGUUAACACAGCAACAAUUAGCGCAAAAACGAAAACGACGUCUUUCUCUUACAACCGAGAUUUCAUCGGUGAGAUUGAUGCCCACAACAACUUGUUCACUUUACUCGGGUUCAAAAUUUAUAGGAAAGCAAACAAGCGGUAGUCAUAGUUACGAAGUUGCUGUUCAUAUUCAGCAUGUCGAUCUUUCCGAGUCAUUUUUGUGUGGCUAUCUUCAUAUAAAAGGUCUCACAGAAGACUAUCCAGAUUUAACUACUUUCUUCGAAGCAGAAAUUAUUGGUCGUAAAUAUUCAUUUCUGACCAAAAAAUGGGAUGCUGAUGACAAAAUUGAUAUUCAACAUUGGACAAAAUUUCCGGCAUUUCGACCACUCCACAAGCAUGUAAAAAGGGAUGGAUUCGUCUAUGAUUUUAAUAAUAAAGAUUUCAUUUUUAUGAGAUGGAAAGAACAUUUCUUAGUACCUGAUCAUCGAGUCAGAACUAUUAAUGGAGCCAGUUUCGCGGGAUUCUAUUAUAUCUGUUACCAAUUGAGUACAGGUAUCAUCACUGGAUUUUAUUUCCACAAAAAUUCUGAAAGAUUCCAAGAAUUACAGCUACAUCAUUGUGCGGAUAGAUCAUUCCCAUCUUUUGAAUUUCGAUGA